AUGGGCAACCAACGCGAAGACGAAGAAGAAGCUGGAGUCAUCUACCACGAAGAAGAUCCUCUCAAGCCGCCCGAGGAUUUGCCGGAGGACGAGCCAAAUACUGCUAGUAGCGAUGGCAACGAUAAGAGAAGGAAUCGCCUGCUGUGGGGAGGAGGGAUCGUCUUAAUCGCAGUACUGGUUGUCAGCAUUGUAUUGGCGGUCGUCUUUGGCACGAGGGGUGAGAGCCAACAAGACACUACUGGAAGCACGAACCAAGAAGCAACUCAGACUGCCCCUACUACCGACCCUGCGUCUACCAACCAAACAGCUGUCAUAGACGUCGACAACAGCACAUCACAGUAUUUGUUCUAUGUGAGUGUUGCGGAUUUGGCAAGCAAUGCAACGGAGGACGACGUGAUAUCUGCAGUCGUGGACACAUUCCAAGCAUCCUUUUCUACCGAGGCACUGCAGCUGGAUGAACCGAUUGUGCUGCUCAAUAUUACAGCAAGAGAAUAUUAUAGUGAUGAGACUCUUUCGACUGAUUUUCCGUAUCGCAGACUUCAGCAAUCCAACCAAACUACUGAUGCCGUAACCAGGACCUUUGCUGUUCAGAUGACCACAGAAACCAAUGGGGCGGAAGGAGAAGAAGAAUGGAGCUCUCCAGCAGUGCCGGAUCUCCUUCAAAGCGAGUCGUUUCGAUCUAGAUGGAAUGAGGAGCUACUUAUUUCAUCUUCUGCUGUUUAUUUGACAAUUCAGGCCGUGCAAGGCGUUACCCGCGUGCGUGCUGCUGACGACAGCCCCGACCAUCCUUUGCCACCUCCAGAAUGCCUCUCCAUCCUACAAACCAACAGAUGGUGCACCAAAAAUAUUGAAACGUACACAUGGACGACACUCUGGAACCAAACCUACUGGGGCUUUGAACUACUUAUUAUGCCCCAAAACCAAACGUCGGAUGUACUACAAUGGUGCUUGGACAGACUAGACCACAACUCCUGUCCCUUUGUGACAACAAACAGAACGACAACACAAGAGCUCGUUCUGGACGAGUCAACCGUGUAUCAUGGCGUCGAACCACUCUUCCCCUGUGCGUGGGCUAGAGACGACAAAUGCAAGUACAUUAUGAAUGCCCUGGAUCCGGUCCUGAGCAAUAGAACCCGUGCCAUUCUGGAGGAACAAUUUCGAACUUGUCAGGGCCGAGCCUUGCAUCUCUUGCGCAGUUCCGUCAAUGUCACAACCUUCCCUGUGGCUCGUUUGAGGCAACGCUUUGCUUUGGCUGUGUUGGACUGUCAGAGCUACAACACCAGUCAGCAUUGGAAAAACACUAGAAAAGAUCUCAUUACCGCACAGCACGAAUGCAAUUGGUACAACCGCGAGGAUGAUGAAGAGCUGACCGACGUAAGAGGUGGUCUCUUUGUGAGUCAGAGGCUCUGCACGGGACAGCUGGUAAAGCGGCUGAAUCUGCCCGCACUGCAAUUGUGCCCUUUUCACCUCAGAGUGCUACCCCCCGAGGUGGCAAUGAUCUCAAGGCUUCGUCAGCUCAACUUUAGCCAUUGCAACUACUACUUCGGAAAGAUCCCAGAGGAAUACAGUCAGCUGACCAAGCUUACGAUUCUUGACCUGUCACACAACCGACUGAACAACGUCAUCCCCGACUUUGUCUGGCGGGACUAUCGGAUCCUGAAGCACCUGGACCUGAGCCACAACGGCGUGGGCAUGGGGUUGACGACGAACCAGAUGAUGGGGCGCCGCGCGCCCCUUCGGGGACGAAUUCCCGACGAUAUCAAUCUCCAUUUGCCCCAUCUGGAGACAUUACGUCUUGCGGGCAACGCCAUCUCGGGGACAAUCCCAGGAGAGGCCUUGGCGUUUCUGGAGCUCAAGACUCUGGAUCUCAGCAACAACGAAAUGACAGGGACCAUACCAUCAUUACUCAAUGCUCUGCGCUUGCAAGAGCUCUUUCUCCAUGGCAACGAUUUUAAUGGGACAUUUCCGGUGCUGACAUUUGCCAUGGUGGGCGCAGCACCCGUUCUACGCAAUGUAACCAUUCACGACACGUUGAUCACAGGAGACAUCAACGAAAUGUGUCCCAAGUUUAUCCACGAGGAUCUAGUGCAUCUCGAGGUCGAUCCCAGGAAGGUGGCAUGUGAUUGCUGCCAGUGGCCUCCCCUCCCCUGUUCCUACCAUGUGGAGCGCUGGUGGAAUGACCCCAGUGCCAAUCCAGGAUACCGUCCAACACCGGCCACCGACGCAAAGGUAUCUUGUGGAGGGCACUUUGCAGACUCUUGUGCCAAUUGCCCCCAAGGGAAUGGAGCUGCAUGGUGUAACGGGGAAUGUGAAUGGACGAAUGAUCUGUGUCAGCCAAAGCAGGUCUCUUGUGGAGGGCACUCUGCUGACUCUUGUGCCAAUUGCCCGCCCCAAGGGAAUGGAGCUGCUUGGUGCAAUGGGGAAUGUGAAUGGGUGAAUGAUCAGUGUCAGCCAAAGAAAGUUGCCCAUGCGGAGGUCUCUUGUGGAGGGCACUCUGCUGAGUCUUGUGCCGAUUGCCCACAAGGGAAUGGAGCUGCUUGGUGCAACGGGGAAUGUGCAUGGGCGAAUGAUGAGUGUCAGCCAAAGCAAGUUGCCCACGCGGAGGUCUCUUGUGGAGGGCACUCUGCUGAGUCUUGUGCCGAUUGUCCGCAAGGGAAUGGAGCUGCUUGGUGCAACGGCGAAUGCGAAUGGGCAAAUGAUCUGUGUCAGCCAAAGCAGGUCUCUUGUGGAGGGCACUCUGCAGACUCUUGUGCCAGUUGCCCCCAAGGGAAUGGAGGAGCUGAAUGGUGCAACGGGGAAUGUGAAUGGUCGAAUGAUCAGUGUCAGCCAAAGCAGGUCUCUUGUGGAGGGCACUUUGCAGACUCUUGUGCCGAUUGCCCACAAGGGAAUGGAGCUGCAUGGUGCAAUGGGAAAUGUGAAUGGGUGAAUGAUCAGUGUCAGCCAAAGCAGGCUGUGCGCGGCCCAGCCAUCACGGCGAUCACCUCCGUGCUCGCUGACUUUCAGGUGAAUCAGAGAACAGCACUGGCGUAUCUCUACUGUGCCACAAACGGCAAAGAUUGGCACACAGGGUCCGUGAGUCCGGAAGGGCCAGGAAAAUUUGCAGAGUGGAUGAAAUCUACAAGCGUAUGUUCUUGGCACGGAGUCGAGUGCUUUGAACGACAUGUGUUUGCCGUGGAUCUCGAUAGCAACAAUCUUGUAGGCUAUCUGCCGUCUCAGCUCUCGACGCUUCCGUACCUGAAACGUUUGUUGCUGGGCAACAAUAGCCUCCACGACAGCAUCCCACUGGAAUAUCAAGAGCUUGGCAACGUCACAGAGCUGGACUUGUCCCGCAAUAGACUAACGGGAACAAUUGCUCCCUACUGGUUUACGUCCAUGCCACGCCUGCGGGAUCUGGGCUUGGGCAACAACCAGUUUUCUGGAAAGUUCAUUCCAGAAGAGAUUGGACGGGCCACCAAAUUGGAGUAUCUGCGAUUGGAAGGCAACGACAUGACUGGGACGAUUGUCUCCGAGUUUGGUUUGUUGACGCGUCUGCGGGUUUUGAGUUUGGCCAGGAACAAUUUUGAGGGAACCAUACCAACGUUUGUGGGCAGAAUGCAAUCGCUGGAACGGAUUGCGGCCGCCGUGGUAACGUUCAACGGCACACUCCCCUCAGAAUUAGGUCUCCUGACGGCCCUCCGGGUCAUGGAUUUCUCCACCAACCAUCUAUCCGGGAGCAUCCCGUCACAACUAGAGGCACUCACCGAUAUGCAACUCCUGGCUUUGAAUGGCAAUGAAAAAAUGAGAGGGACCAUUCCAUGGGGAGUCUGUCGCCUCAGGAAUGCCAGUCUCAUUGGAUUCCAUGUGGACUGUCCUCAAAAUUGGGGACUAGGAGUGGGUUAUUUUCUGCCCAACAAAGCGACGAUGCACGCAUUUGAGGGCAACUGUUAUACUCACUGCAACUUUCCCGGGGGUUACUACUUCAAUGGAACCCUUUUCUAUUACGAUGGCACCAGCACUCCUCUCUGGUAG